ACCGAAGCCAUGCGUGAGCUCGCGAACGUUAUCUGUCGAAGGUGGAGCUUGUUGACCUUUAAGCACUUGAAGGGUAUUCAAUGUUUCAUCAAUUUCAUAUCAAAGUUUAAAAUCACCGGUUUGAGGACUUUGUCUAAUCGCUAAAAAGUUUUUUCUUCAGAAAGUGCAGCUGCAGCAUGGGUCGAAAAUUCGUAGUUGGGGGCAAUUGGAAGAUGAAUGGAGAUAAAAAACAAAUCUCCGAGAUCAUCAACACCCUCAAAACUGGUCCCUUGAACUCUAACGCUGAAGUCAUUGUUGGAGUGCCAUCAAUCUAUCUAGAACAUGUUCGAACAAACCUACCCCAAAGUAUUGAAGUGGCUGCCCAAAACUGCUAUAAAGUUCCUAAAGGCGCCUUCACUGGCGAGAUUUCCCCUGCCAUGAUCAAAGAUAUUGGUGUGAAUUGGGUGAUUUUGGGGCAUUCAGAGCGUCGCCAGAUUUUUGGUGAAACUGAUGAACUUAUUGCUGAAAAAGUGGCUCAUGCUUUGGAGUCAGGCUUGAAAGUUAUAGCCUGCAUAGGGGAGACUUUGGAGGAACGUGAAGGAGGUAAAACUGAAGAAGUUGUCUUCAGACAAACUAAAGCUAUUGCUGGGAAAAUAAAAGACUGGUCAAAUGUUGUGAUUGCUUAUGAACCAGUUUGGGCCAUAGGCACUGGAAAAACAGCCACUCCUCAACAAGCACAAGAAGUACACAAGGCUUUGAGACAAUGGUUCUGUACAAACGUUGAUGCUGAUGUUGGAAAUAAUAUCAGAAUUCAAUAUGGGGGCUCCGUUACUGGGGCUAAUUGCAAAGAAUUGGCUGCCCAACCUGAUAUUGACGGAUUUUUAGUAGGGGGUGCGUCCCUCAAGCCGGAAUUUGUAAACAUUGUAAACGCAAAGCAAUAAAUUUUAAUUAAUUAUUUGUGUAAGUGAGUAAUAAAAGACUUGAACGCUU